CAGGUUCGGUUUCAGCUUUCAAAAUUGUUCAUUGCCAACGUUAUUUGUUGUCGUGAGUAAUAGCAAGUGCUUGUUCUUGAUAAUUUCUUCUUCUUCUUCUUCUUAUACGUUGAAGACAAGAAGAUUGAAAAAGUAAUAUUUUCGCCAUACAGAAACUUAAACUAAAGCUAGAAUGGACAAACACACACAAUAUGAGCGUGUGUUCAACUACUUUGAUGACAACGGAGAUGGGAAGAUUUCAGCCUCGGAGCUGCAGCAAUGUGUGGAGGCAAUAGGUAUUGGGGAGCUUUCGCUCGAGGAGGCAGAGGCGGUGGUGGAGUUGCUCGACUCUGACGGCGACAGCAUGGUGGGUUUGGAGGACUUCGUCAGGUUUGUUGAAGGAGGAGAGGAGAAAGAGAAGGUGAAUGAUUUGAGGGAGGCAUUUAAGAUGUAUGAGAUGGAUGGCUGUGGAGGUAUCACACCCAAGAGUCUUAAGAGGAUGCUUAGCAGGCUGGGUGAGUCCAAGACUAUUGAUGAGUGCAGGAUGAUGAUUCAUCGAUUUGAUCUCAACGGUGACGGGGUCAUUAAUUUUGAUGAAUUUAGGUCCAUGAUGUUAUGAUUAUUUCUUUGUAACUUAUUUAUUGGUUAUUCACUUCACAUUGAUGGAUUCCCUAUCUGGGUUAUUUCA